AUGGUAGACUUGAUUGAUAAGAACACAUUGGAGAUCAAGCAGGAUGAGGAUAAAACAGUAUACAAGGACUUGCAGGAAAUCGCAGACGACCUGCCAGACCACUCACCGAGAUUCGUGCUGUUGAGCUAUCCCAUGACGAAUGUAGGUAGUCUCCUCGCUCUGCAAGGAGGAAGAUCCUUAAGCACAAAUUCAGUGAGCUAACACCUGAAUCCUGUUAGUCUUCAGGAAGAAUGUCGGUACCAUAUGUCCUCCUUUAUUACCUCCCUGUCACCUGUAACGCCACCCUAAGGAUGUUAUAUUCGAGUUCGGUAGAGUUGAUGAGAAACACAGCUGAAGUGGGGAAGGUGAUAGAGAUUGAAUCUGCAGAAGAUCUCGAGGAACUACCCAAGAAGUUGGGCGCUGCCUGA